UCGUCACAACAGCCUGGUAGAUUCUGAGUUCUCGGGGUUAUAGAUUAGAAUUUACUUUAGAAAGAGGAGUGUGAAGGUGGAGAGGGGAGAAGCAAAUUAACUGUAUGAAUAGACUUGCGGUUUCCUAUACAAUCCUUAAUUCUUGCAUGUGGAAAUGUAGGCGUUUGUGGGUAUCUGUCAAAUGCAGAAUAACAAAUUAAAAUCCUGAAAAAAAAAAGAGAGAGAGAGAGAAAAGGUGCAGAGGCGAGGAUUGAAGGAAAGUCUCUAUCUCCUUUGACUUGAUUUCUGUUCUAUGAAUUGAUCCUAAUCCUAGAAAAGACAGGUCGAAUGACAGACACUUUGAGCGAGUGGAUGGUGACUAGCCACAGAGACCAGCUUCCCUGACUCAAGGCAUACCUACACCGCUGGUGCCCCAGAGUGUGUGUGUCUCACGUGCAAGUUUUGGGGCGUUCCACGAAUACCAGUUUAGGAAGAGCCCAAGUCUGGAGGCCAUUCUCAGAUCCUUGCCAUAAGGGUAGGAGUGUCGGGGAGCUGCCAUCAUGCUGAAGCAGAUACUGGCAGACAUGUACAUUGAUCCUGAAUUGUUGGCAGAGCUCAGUGAAGAACAGAAGCAAAUCCUGUUCCUCAAGAUGAGGGAGGAGCAGAUCCGCAGGUGGAAAGAGAGAGAAGCAGCUCUGGAAAAAAAAGAGGCGGGAUCCCCGGGGAGAUCGAGACCCAAGAAAGAGAAUAAGAAAACUGUAAAUUGGAAGCUUGGAGCAGAUAAAGAAGUCUGGGUAUGGGUAAUGGGAGAACACCAACUCGAUAAACCUUAUGAUGUCAUCUGUGAUGAAAUUAUUGCUGAGCGGGCGAAGCAGCAGCAAGCCCAGAAAGAAGACGAGGAGCUCAGACAAACUCAAGCAAAAGAAUCCUCCAAGACUUCCAGGCCUCAGUCGCUGCAUUCUGAUUCAAAAGCACUGAAAAAUUGGGAGGUCCCCAAUGCUUCUAAAAGAACAGACAAUGAAAAGGAAUCAGGGCCAGAAACUAGGAAAGCUUCAAUACCAGAAGAAGAGAAAAUUCAGUCACCGUCCAGUUCAUCGAGAAAUAUCCAGCAGAUGUUGGCAGAUUCCAUCAAUCGUAUGAAAACCUAUGGAUUUCAACAGCAGAAGAAAGAAACGAUGAGGAAAAAACAAGAUGAAGAGCUGAGACAAGUGGAAGAGGAAAGAACCAGACAGAUUUAUAAGAACUGGAAAGAAACGCAGAAGUCAAACAAGGAGGAGCGAGAGUGGCAGGAGUCGUUGCGGAGGUCCAAAGCAGCUGAUGAGAAGAGGCGUUCUAUUGCUAAACAAGCUAGAGACGACUAUAAGAGGUUAUCCUUGGCUGCACAGAAAGGGAAGAAUGAUGGAACCCAGAGCUCCCAAGGUGUUGCACAGAAACCAAGAAGACCUCCUCUUCCACCAAAACCUCAAUUGCUCAACCCAACAGGUCUGCCUGGGAAAAAACCUCACAGAAAUCAAGGAGUGAAGAGAUUUGUGUCCCACUCAGCCCAAGAAAACAUCAUCACAUGGUUUAAGGAGGAGCAGAUCCCACUGCGAGCUGGCUUUGAGAAAAAUUCAGACACGAUUGCCCCAUGGUUCCAUGGAAUUCUUACUCAAAAGAGAGCAAAUGAGCUCUUGAGUACAAAAGUCCCUGGCAGUUUCCUGAUCAGAGUCAGUGAGAAGAUAAAAGGCUAUGCUCUGUCCUACCUCUCAAAGGAGGGGGCCAAACACUUCCUGAUUGAUGCCUCCACGGAUUCCUACAGCUUCCUGGGAGUGGACCAGCUACAGCAUUCCACUCUGGCAGAUUUAGUGGAAUAUCACAAGGAAGAACCCAUCACGUCCUUGGGGAAAGAGCUUCUGCUCUACCCCUGUGGCCAGCAGGACCAGCCCCCCGACUAUCUGGAUCUCUUUGAGUGA